CACAUCGAAGAAUACUGAUGUACUGCAUUGUGUACUUCGACAUCGUCGUUGUCCAGGAGCAGAAAUAUGAUCAUAUUGUAGAUAGAGAUUCCGAGCAUUGUUUAGUGAAGCCAAAAGAUGGAGAGCUCCGAAGACGAAGCACAGAAGGCGGAGGACGUCAUUUUCCUAAACAUCCUCGACGAGGAGAGUCCCUUGGAGGACGUCACGCUCGAGCUCUUAAAAGCAUACAUUCUCUUAUGGCAAUUUUUUUCAGGUUUUGGUUUUCGCAGCUUAAUGCGCCAUUUGCCUUCCUGUCUUGUUAGAAGAAACGAGAAAAGAAAUAGAGUGAGACAUAGCCGUACUAUCGUUUGGAGCCCGGCUAUGGUGUCUACUAUCAUUGUUAGAAGUUUUAUAUUUAUUUAGAUAAGUACUUCUAACCCCGGCAUUUUUCGGCAUCCCGAUUCGUACAGUGCAAACUGGAAGAACUCCUGUUAGCCCACCAGGAGUGCUGGCUCUUAGCGAGAAAACAAAUCGGCCCUUGAAGCAGCGAAACCCAAGGCUGGCGGAACAUAAAGGGAAGUCGACAAGGGUAAUUUCCACCCGUACUAGAAGAAUGAAGCAUCGUGAAUUUACUAGGGUUAAAGGAUGUCUAGCUCGAGGGGAUUAUUUUCCAGUUCAAUGUGAGCCACUUUUGUUCUAAGUAACGUGACAACGAUCUUCGUAUCUCCAGCUUCACGUCCUCUCUCCAGGUGAGCCACUUGUUCGAAUGUUUGCGGGAACAAACUGAAAAGGGUGGUGGCAUAGGCCCUUUUCCAGAGGCUGUUGGCGUUUUGGGUCUCAUAUCAGGAGAGCUUUUUGAAAACGACUAUGAGCUGUUGCCAUGGGAUCCCGCACCAGAAGAGCGCGUUUUCAAGUAUGGCUUAUCGAACACGGGAAACAAAACCGGUCUCUCCAUCCUCUCGCUAGCACAUAUGAAGCCGCCGCUUGCAGAAAAGCACGAGUGCAACCUCAAACGACCAGCAAUAAGAAGCACUAUGAGGAGGAUGUUGAUAACACAAGAAAAGAAGUAGUAGUUUUCAGUCCCAUACACAGAUUACGUUUUCAAAGAGAUGAAUUGAAAGUAUCGUACAUAGAUUACUUUUUCAAAGAGAUGAAUUGGAAUUGAAAUAUAUGUUGUGCUAACUCCAGCGGAAGCGAAACUAAUGUCGGCCAGACUGGGGGCGCGUCACCAGGCACCACGUUGCCAGAGAAGCACCAAUACCGGAAGUAUUUGCGCAACCUGCUCAAGUUAAGGCAGGAGCAUAUCCAUGUUUCUCAAGAACGUUUUGCUCUUGUUUUUAAUGAAAAACCGGCGGCAACAUGCUGACUGAGAUGGAUUUACUCAAGAUCUAACUAAGGCAGUUUCGCAUUAUUUGUUGAAGCUGUUGGGCUUCGAGCCUUGCCAGAAUCAACGAUGUUUGCUCUAUCGACAGCCCUUCACACCAGAUAGGCCUUUGUUCCUUUGCGUCGACUGCGAAAUCAAGUUCUGCAGGAGGAUGAGCUGCCGACAGGAGUGCCGAUUCUUUCGAGUGACACCGGAAAUCGGUAAAGAAGCGCCGCCAAAGCCUAGUGUGGGGCGGGAUGAUGGUAUUUUGUUUACCGAUGAUUUGAUGAAGUCAGAUGAAGAUGAACAUUGAGUCACAUCAUCAUCUACUCUUCACGUUCUGCACGACAAGCACAAGCAAUUUUCUUGCAGAUGAUGCAAAGGCACGGGUUUUCGCAGUGCAUCGGUACGAGCAGAUACAAAAGGUGCUGCAGCGGAGUCACAAGGUUCUGACCCCGUUUCAGUUCCAAUACAGUUAUGGUUAGGCACCAUGAACAAGAUAUUUCUUUUUAGUAUCAGGAUGAACAUGAUGUGCAAGCAGCAUAUCUUGCUCGGGAGGUGGGACUAGUAUCUCCAUGGUGAAGUGGUGUAAUGGAAGAGAUAUUAGUCAGUCUUUCGUACGACUAGGCUAGACAGGACUUUCUGAUUCUCGAAUAAUAGAUGCGUAGACCGCGUCCUUCCAGCAAAGCACUUCUUCUAACGUUGGCGACACACAGAAUUCGAGCGAGAACUUGAAUGGCUGGCUUACGCUCAGAAGGUGUUCAAGGCGAGGCAGGGAGAAGCGCAUGAGUUUGUCGACCGAGACGGCAAAUCUCGAGUGAAAAUCCGUAGCCUAAACAGGCUGCUAGAGAGCGUGUUUCUGGAAACACCAGAGAUAGAGAUCCUGCAUCGCACACUGGAACCGCCGAUGCUCAAGUUCUCAUCUCUCGCGGAUAUGAAGUACUGCUUAUACUUUCUUAGGAUUAUUUUUCUCUUUCUUAGGCAGAUUGUCGAAUAGAUUCGCGUCAUCAUUUUUCUCUUUCUUGUGAUAGGCAUGAUAUUCGAUGUCCGCUUCAAAUGUAAUUAAGAUGAGCAGAAAUAGAGUAGUACUAGCAGAAAAUAAGUAUGUUCGUUGUACUGCAUUACUUUCUUCUGGAUUAACAGUGAUAACCUUUACCUAGUGCUCCAUUUUUCCCGCUUUCUCUCGUCAACAGGGAAUUAGGGCCGCAUCAGACGCCAAUCGCGGCAGACGGGGAAGCGUACGCAAAAGCGUACUACAAUCGGCGACACAGUACAGGCGGCGUGUAUGUUGAAAUGGGAGGAAACCUAAACGGGAAGAGUGUCGGAAAUUUUCCAGGAAUUGGCAUCAACGCUGUCAAAAUGAAAAGCAUUGACCCGUUGCACAGCAGGCCUCGAAAAAUCAAUUAAUUCAACUACUUGUGCCAGUAUAUUCCUGAUUCUUACAGGGGUUGAAGUAAAAGCACUCAAAAGCUUAUGGUCGUGGGAGAUUGAAAAAGAUUGUGUGUGCAUAAAGACAUUACUAAAAACUAAGUAAUGCAUUUGAUACAGGUUUACUUACAUUUUGAAGAGGAUAGUGGAAACUCUUACUUUCAUCGACCCGAAUUUUCUUUGGUUUUAUGCUUACUCUUGAAGCAAGUAUAGUUCUCUUGUUUAUCCACUAGACGACGCAAAGGAAGUGAGCUUGUCACUUGUACAGCGCUUGUAUAGAAUUAGUCCUGUAAUUUAGCCCUUGAUCAAUAUGAAUAUGGUAAAUGUACGAUGCUGCUCGAUGUGUCGAAAUCUCUUUGAUGAUUACCAUAGAAAUCCAUCUCAUGAUAUACAGUUCGAGACAGAUGAGAGCUAGAAAGUAAUAUUGAAGAUUCUCUUAUGCUUAUCAUCCUGGCAAUUUGAAGUGAAAUGUGACAACCAUGGACUGACACUCACGACGAAAAAACGAUGAAGCUUAUGAAAACAACGACCUUCAGAAAUGUAUCUAUCUUUCUGUGACUCAAGACUGUAUAUGCACCUACUUGACAAAAAUAGAAGCAGG